AUGACCUCCCUGAAGGAACUCAACGGCCGCCUCGGCACUCAGCCUUACGUCGCGGGCUACAGCCCCAGCCAGGAAGACGCCAAGACAUUUGCUGAGAUGUUUGGCUCUCACACUGCUGUCGUUGAGUGGGCCGCGCGUAUGGCGUCGUACUAUCAAGCUGAGCGCGAACAGCUUCUCAAGGGUGCCGUGUCCUCCUCGAAGAAGGAGGAUGACGACGACAUUGACCUGUUCGGGGAUGCGACAGAGGAAGAGACAGCUGCUCUCGAGGCCAAGAAGAAGAAGGACGUUGAGACCAAGAAGGCCAAGAAGGAGAUCAUCGCCAAGUCAUCCAUCCUGUUUGACGUUAAGCCAUGGGACGAUACCGUGGACCUUGAGGCGCUGGCGAAGAAGCUGCACGCCAUUGAGCGCGACGGCCUGCUCUGGGGCGACCACAAGCUGGUGCCUGUGGCGUUCGGCGUGAAGAAGCUGCAACAGCUCAUCGUUAUUGAGGACGACAAGGUCUCCAGUGAUGAUUUGGAGGAUUUGAUCAUGUCGUUUGAGAACGACGUGCAGUCUAUGGACAUUGUCGCCUGGAACAAGAUCUAA